GCCUCGAUUAUGGAUAGACUUAGAUAUCCAUGAGCAAGUCUGGCUUUGAGCGAACUCAAUUAGUACAAUGUGGAUGCAAAGGUGUUCGUUCGAUGACUUGGCUCCAUGCAGGGCUGCAUUUGGCACUGAAUCGUUGCGAGAUGGUGGCUUUUGUUUUUGUGGUUUCCAACACUACGUAGCUUUUUUCUCAGUUUUAAGGUUGUGUUGUUUGCUUUUCGCCAUGCCGAACAUUUUCCGCAGCUUCUUGUCGAAUCGCUACGGCAAGCGUGACCGCUCCUCCGAGCGCUAUGAAGCCAAUUGCCGCACUGUACCCAACACGGCACAAAUGCCAAGACCAGAGCCGAUGGGAACCAAAACGUGGAGCAGCGAACGUGUAUCAAAUCGCUUGUCGAAUUUUACCUUCCACUACGGCAGUGGGGUCCCGAACAACAACUGGCUCAGUAGCGAUGAUAUACCCAUCGUAACGAGGCGCGCGUUGGAGGAAACAGCGGGCCAGCUGAUGGCCCUUCAGCCCAUCAAUGAGGGGACCGAGUUUAGCCACACCAUCUGGAAAAUGGGGAUGCCGAGGCGACACCCGGAAAAGGGCAAGGACGGUGCCAAAAUAGGCUACAUCCAAAUGGUGACCAAAACAAAUAGAUGCCUCAGAUCCAAUGAGAAUAAGUACGCUCCGGCCAAUGCUCCACAGUGCACCGAACAGCAGGUAGGGCAGCUCCUCUACAGCGGCACGGGAAGGAGCAGGGCCGUGGCUUCGUUUGUCUGCCCCGAGGAAAAAUGCCUCAUGGAAUUCGCCAAUCGCACCAAUCUGCGCUCACACCAACGCGCCAACGGACACCACAACUGGCCGUAUCAGUGCGUCCACUGCCGUACCUACUUCAAGCAGAUAAACUACCUGAAUCUUCAUAGCACCGCCUGUCGCUUGAAACUGGCUAACGGUUUUUAAUAUUAGAAAAUACUUGGGAAUGGAUUUUAGUCGUACCAAAUUGUAACUUUGAAAGACUUACACAACUUUCAUGUGAUACCUCUCUAGUGAGACGUCGAUGCAAUCUUCUCAAUGUUUUCAUAAUAUUUUUUUAUAUAUUCUUCACCCAAAUAAUACCAUCGCUCGCUACCAUCAUCGGUCAGAGAACGUCA